AUGCAGAUGUUGGUACCUGGUUGCCACGAAAUCAUCCAUGAUAAUGCCAAUCACGUCAAGUUUAUUGACUUCGCUGGCUCCGGUAUCGACGGUGGAGCCCCCUUGUCGGCUACGAGUGGUGUAGCCUCCGGCCUGGCAUUGAAAUCAGCAUCUGCACAGAUAUAUUUGCUUUUGGUUCGAUGCUUUGUUGAGCUUGAAACAGGGCGCGUCCCCUACAACGAGCUGGAAAGGACUCUGGAAAUGGGAAAGCUAGUGACAGUUGUUGAGGGAUUGUUCCCACAGCAGAAGUUCCCGCCUGUUGAGACUCUGGCCUUCGGGUCUUCCGUCGAGAUAUUGCACGUUGCUGUGGGGGAUUUUCGGCAGGAAUGCUGA